AUGAUCACCCGAAAGCGAAAGAAAUCCAUCCCAAUUGAAAAAUCUGAAAAUCAUGCACUCCCUCCUCUCAAAUCAGAAGACUCUAUCAUUGCCAUUGAAGAUUUAUAUGCAACAUCAUCAUCAAACGUUUGUUCAUCAUCAUUGUGCACUGAGCAAAGGAAUGGAGAAAUUACAAAAAAGGAACAACAACCACAUGAUGAUUCAGAAUUUAUGAAAAAAUUCAAAAUGGAAUAUUAUUUAAUUAAAGAAUACAGAACGGCAAAUUUAACGGCACCGGUGGAUACAAUGGGAUGUGCUUCGCUUUCAGAUAAAGAUGCUGAUGAAAAAGUUCAAAGGUUUCAAAUAUUGGUAUCACUCAUGCUAAGUUCACAAACAAAGGAUGAAAUUACAGCAAAAGCAAUCAAAAAAUUGAAAGAAAACAAUGCACUCUCUGUUUCUCAAAUGGAUGAAUUAUCAGAAGAAGAAAUUCAAAAUUUAAUUUAUCCAGUUGGAUUUUACAAAAGAAAGGCAACUUAUUUAAAGAAAGUUUGUAAAAUUUUAAAAGAAAAAUAUGACAGUGAUAUUCCAAAUGAUGUGAAGGGUUUGCAAAGUUUACCAGGAGUUGGUCCUAAAAUGGCAUAUUUGUGUAUGAGUACUGCUUGGAAACAAGUCGAGGGCAUUGGUGUGGACACUCAUGUUCAUAGAAUUUCCAAUAGAUUAGGUUGGGUGCAUACAGAUACUCCAGAACAAACAAGGAAAGAAUUAGAAUCAUUUGUUCCUAGAGAAGAAUGGGAUGUCAUUAAUCACAUGUUGGUUGGAUUUGGUCAAACAAUUUGCAAACCAAUAGGACCUAAAUGUCUUGAUUGUGUCGUCAACAAAACAUGUCAAUUCUAUCAAAACAAUAAGGAUAAAAAAUCACCCAAAAAGAAAGUGAAAAAAGAGGAGGAAAUCGACUCAAGUAGUUCUCAAGACGACCAAGAAUGA